AUCCAGACGCCUGACUGAGUGCGGCGCUUCUUUUCCCGGUACCACGGAUGCCAGUGCAUGGAGAGGGUUCUGUCGAAGCCGAAAAGGAGCCAAGCAAAUGUAUAUUCACACGGACGCUCGGCUGCAAGUGAUGCUACUGCAAGUUUAAGUCCUGGAAGUAAAACCGCAGCAGAUUGGGAAUAAACGGAUAGAUCGGCGUUCCCCGUUGCAGAGCGCACUCAGUUCGUUUGGAAUACAGAGACGCAGCGUGGAAUUACCGGAGCCCUCAGUUUGUGAACUAAAGUCAAUUCGUUUUCUACCGCAUUUCCUUUUUUAUUCAUUUUUUUUAUUUCUCUAAUUUCUUUUUUCUUUUUUGCUGUUAUGUUUGAUUAGGUUUAUUACCCCCUUUUUAUUCCAGUCUUCUUAAGUAAUCUACCCUUUUCAUUUUUAUUCUCCCAUCCUCCGAAAAUAGCUUGGGUUCGUUUUUUUGCGAGGGUAGAUUGUGGUGAAAGAUAUUCAUCCAGUCUCUCAAACUGAGUCGUGUCAUGGAUGGCAAACUGCAUUUGCAUCUACGGAACAAAUCGGGGAAUAUAGAAUAACUACUGCUGACAGAGACAAGGACAAAUGACAUAGGAUGAACACUGCUGGUCAUCUCUGUCUGUCUGUGCUGUCAUCCCUUUUCGCUCUGGCCUGGGCUGUGGAGCCGCUGGGUCAGGCUGCCCCCUGCUCCUCUCUGGUGGCCGGGGUCUUAUACGGCUCCUUCUCGCUCAGGGACCUCUUUCCCAGCCCAUCGGCUCUGGCGUCCGGAUGCUCGUGGACUGUGGAGAACCCUGACCCCACCAAGUACUCGCUCUAUUUCCGCUUCAAUCGCCAUGCCGGCGCCUGCUUAGCUUUCUCCCCACUGGUGCUGCCCCUGGAUCACUACCUCUCCAACCAGACCUGUGGCCCCCCAGACCAGCCUUCCUUCCCCUCUGACCCUGAAGCCGUGGAACUUUGCAUGGUCCCAGGACCUCACACCUUCCUGCAGUUCGAUAAGAACUUUGUGCAGUUGUGCCUGACUAGUCAUCCAAGCACAGACGGAGACAGCGAAGAUGGGACGUCCGAGGGAAGCCAAGCCCCCUUGUCAGCAGAAACCCUGGAUUUUCGGCUAGUAGAGGUUCUGCUAAUUAACAAUGAGAAUUCCAGUCAGUUUACCUGUGGAGUACUCUGCCGCUGGUUUGAGGAAUGCUUGCAUAUUGGUGCAGGAUGGGAAACUGAAAGUUGCAGUAUCACCCAAACAGGAUGCGUGUGUCCCAACACGGCUCCUCCGGUGUCCUUACUGCCCACCGUACCCCACAACCACUCCUUAGACCCCAGUUCCAGUGUGUUGCAAUCCCCACCUGACGACUGUUGUGUCACACAGCUGCACUCCAAGAACGGCAUUGCUAUAGCGCCUCGGGACGUCCGGCAAGAACCUGACGAUGAUGAGCAGAAGGUGAAGACGCAGAGGCCACGAUCGGCUGACCAGCCAGGUGUGUUUCAGGCACAGACUGGUGACCCGGCAGCGGAGGAGUGGUCUCAGUGGAGUGUGUGUUCGCUGACUUGUGGGCAGGGUUGGCAGGUUCGUUCACGUUCGUGUGUGUCCUCUCCGUACGGGACCCUAUGCAGCGGCCCGCUGAGGGAAACCCGACUCUGCAACAACACUGCCACCUGCCCAGGUGAGCCGCAGCAUCAAGCAGUGGAAGGUCAAUGGUUGGACUGGGCCACCUGGUCUCAGUGCUCUGUCUCCUGUGGCACCGGGACUCAACAGCGGCAGCGGCGAUGCAGCGUUUCGGUUCAUGGCUGGGCUGAGUGUAAAGGGCCGCAUGCGGAAACCCGUGAGUGCACCAACCCAUCUUGCGGGGGUGGAGGGAACUGGGGUACGUGGAAUCACUGGAGCCUGUGCUCGAAGACCUGUGACUCGGGCUGGCAGCGGCGCUUCCGCAUGUGUGAAGGCACAGGGAUCCAGGGUUAUCCAUGCGAUGGCUCUGGAGAGGAAGUUCGCUCCUGCAAUGACAAGAAGUGCCCAGCGCCUCAUGAAAUAUGUAAAGAUGAGUACCAAGUAGCCAUGACGUGGAAGAGAGCUUCAGCUGGAGAGACAGUAUACAACAAGUGUCCAUCAAAUGCCACUGGAUCUGCUAGUCGUCGUUGUUUGCUGGACGUUAAUGGAGUUGCUUACUGGGGUCCUCCGAGCUUCGCCCGAUGUGUCUCACUCGAAUAUAGAUAUUUACAUUUAUCUUUGCGAGAACAUCUUGCGAAGGGUCAGAGGACCCUGGCAGGGGAGGGCAUGUCUCAGAUCGUGAGGAGUCUCCUGGAGUUAAUGUCCCGUAAGAAUUAUUACAGUGGAGACCUCUUAUUCUCCGUGGAGAUUCUGCGAAAUGUGACAGACACCUUCAAGCGAGCAACCUACAUCCCAGCUCCUGACGACGUGCAGAAAUUCUUCCAGAUUAUCAGCUUAAUGUUGGACAUCGAAAACCUCGAGAAGUGGGAAGACGCUCACCAGGUCUCUCCGGGUUCUGUAUUGCUAAUGGGAGUUGUGGAAGACUUCAUUCAUCUAAUUGGAGAGGCUCAGAAGCCGUUCCAGAGCUUUCUGGUCGUCACCAACAACCUCAUAAUCACCAUCCAGCGAGAGCCAGUUUCAGCUGUUUCCAGUGACAUCAACUUCCCCAUGAAGGGGAGGAGAGGGAUGAAGGACUGGGCACGAUCUGCAGAUGACAAACUCUUCAUCCCAAAAGAAGUCUUCACGCUGGCCUCUGAUGAAUCAGACGACACGCCAUAUUUUGUGAUUGGAGCCAUCCUGUACCGUACUCUCGGCCACAUAAUGCCCCCGCCAAAAGAUCCGUUCGUGAUCAGCUCAAAGAUUUUGACAGUAACCGUACGCCCUUUACCCAAGCCCACCGAGCCCCUGGUGUCAGUGGAACUCGCCCCUUUGCUAAAUGGCACAACGGAUCCUCAGUGUGUCGUCUGGGACUACGGAAACCCAGAGGCUGGCGAAGAAAACUGGGACGCAGAGAGCUGCCAAACGCUCCCAUCGCCGGCAGUCUCCCACACCAAAUGUCUGUGCAGCAAGCUGUCCACCUUUGCAGUGUUAGCGCAGAAAGCUAAAGAACCGGGUAUGGGGCCCUCCAGUAUGCCGUCUGUACCCCUGAUGGUGGGUUGUGGCAUAUCGUGUACGGCCCUGCUCAUUCUGCUGCUCAUCUACGCUGCCUUCUGGAGGUACAUUCGUUCAGAGAGGUCCAUCAUCUUGGUGAACUUCUGUCUGUCCAUACUGGCCUCCAAUGUGCUUAUACUGGUGGGACAGUCCCAAACGCUCAGUAAGGGACUGUGCACUGUGACUGCUGCCUUUUUACACUUCUUCUUUCUGGCCUCUUUCUGCUGGGUUUUGACGGAGGCCUGGCAGUCCUACCUGGCUGUGAUUGGCAAGAUGAGAUCUCGCCUCAUUCGAAAGCGUUUCCUGUGCCUCGGCUGGGGUCUUCCAGCCCUAGUAGUAGCUGUAUCUGUGGGUUUCACACGGGCUAGAGGUUACGGCACGCCAAGUUAUUGCUGGUUGUCUCUGGAAGGGGGGCUGCUUUAUGCGUUCGUCGGUCCUGCUGCUGUCAUUGUAUUGGUAAACAUGCUGAUAGGAAUCGUGGUCUUCAACAAGCUCAUGUCUAGAGACGGCAUCUCAGACAAGUCCAAAAAGCAGAGAGCAGGUCCGCCGCUGGAAGCGCGUAGCAGGCUGCUCCUGAAAUGCUCCAAGUGUGGCGUCAUCUCCAGUACUGCCCUGUCCAGCUCUACCGCCAGCAGCGCCAUGGCCUCUUUAUGGAGCUCUUGUGUGGUUCUCCCUCUGCUGGCCCUCACGUGGAUGUCAGCCAUUCUGGCCAUCACAGAUCGCCGCUCGACCCUCUUCCAGGUGCUCUUCGCCGUCUUUGACUCCGUUCAGGGAUUCGUCAUCAUCACUGUGCAUUGUGCCAUGCGGAGAGAGGUGCAGGACGCAGUGCGCUGCAGGAUGGGUGGCUGCAAAGACGACAGCGAAAACUCUCCGGAUUCCUGCAAGAACGGCCAGGUGCAGAUCAUGGCGGACUUUGAGAAAGAUGUGGACCUGGCAUGCCAAACGGAAAGAGGACACCCAUUUAUCUUUAAGGAGGUGAACACCUGUAACCCUGCCACCAUAACUGGCACUCUAUCCCGCAUCUCUCUGGAUGACGAGGAUGAUCCCAAGUUGGCAGCUCAUCAGGAAGGCGUUAAUUUCAGCAGUUUGCCUGGAAACAUACCACCCCCUAACCUCCUGGUACAGGUACCUCCGUUGGGUCCCCUAAACGAGCUCAGCGAGCAGCCACUGAAGAAGGAGGUCAAUGUGGAGCAACAAGGUCAGCAUCAGAGAUCUGGACCCAUCUACCUGUGCACAGAGAGUGGGUUGGGUUGGGCCCGACCGAACCCUUCUUCCACCCAGGAUUCAGCUGGUGGAGGAGGUGGGGAAGGGGAUUACAUGGUGUUGCCACGUCGGACAGUCAGUCUUAAGCCCCCUCCUCCACCCCAGGAUGAGGGGAAACCCCUAAACAUUACAGUAGAUGACCCCCCUUUUCCCCCUCCCCCUUCACCAAUGACUCUGCAUCCAGCCGAGAGCGAAGCAUACCCUGCAGACUUUACAGCUACAGACCACAUCAGCAUGAACUUAAACCGCUCCUACAGCACGCUCAAACAGUUACCGGCCCAUGCCGGACACACACACUCCCACACCAACACCCACACUCUGCAGGUCAAGCAGAAUCGUCCUUCUGUCCGGCAGAUCCUCACCUCGGGAACGGUGGAACGCACCAGAACCCUUCCCCGCAACCUGGGCAGCACCAACACCAGCAUCUCAGCUGGAUCUUUGGAAAGGAAAAGAGUACGGUACUCUGAGCUGGACUUUGAGAAAGUGAUGCACACUCGCAAAAGACACUCAGAGCUGUACCAUGAACUCAACCACUCCACCAAGUUCCACACCAUAGACAGGUAUAACAGGGACCCUGCCAUGUCCUCCUUCAAGGACAAGUCCACCACAGAUGACCAGCGAUCUUGGGACAGCUUUAAGACCAUGACCCCUGAGCAGACGUGUGGCUCCAACGAACACAAGGACAGACUGGAGUUACGCAGUAAACCCUGGGACACAUCCUCCGUCAACACACCCGACACAUCCGAAGGAGACUUCCAGACUGAAGUGUGAAGAAAAACACACACCUACAACAAACUAAAAGACAGCUAAACCCUCUUACAUACUCACACAGUCAGUGAUCUUCAGCAAGACGCGUUUCUAAAGGAUUCUGUACUCGUUUACAGGACAAACCAGAGAUGAAGAGUGCUCUAUUCUAUAUUUUCACACAGAGACAUUACGUGAAAGAGUGAGGCCUGGAGAGUAUGGUACAAAUUUUUAACAAACUGUUUCUGAAAUGUCUUGAUUUUACUCCAGAAAGGAUUCUCUUUCACCUGUUUGAUGAUUUGGGAAUUUAACAAAAAAGAUAAUAUUUCUGCACCCUUCUUUUUUUAUCGAGGAAAAAAAACGUUACUGAUGAUUCGCACACUGUUUAAUAACCCCCUAGGGUUUUUUCCCCCCUUUCUGUCUUCGCAUUUCUUGGAUGACUCAAGUUCUGUUUCCCUUUUUCUUGGUUUGUUUGUUUGUCAGGGGAGAGGGAGGGGAAAUUUUGAAAGCGUUUAUUAAUAUGUGCCAUCCUCUGCUUUUUUUCCCCCCUCUGCAUCAGGCGUACUGUACACAAAAGCUUAUCUAGCUUGCUUUCGUUUUCUAUAUUUUUAUUUAGAAUGCUUGUGCAUUAUUUUGUUUUAUAUAUAUAUAUAUUUUAUUUUAUAUUAUACAGUCAAACUUCAGGUAUCAUUUCAUGUGGGAUUGUGUUUUAUUCAUGCUUUCCAAAACGCUUUACAGAAUUGUAUGUAUGAUAAAUGUCAAAUCAUUUCACUACAGGGAAGCAUCCAUCUCCAGAACACCCAAAAUAAUGCGCAUUCCAGUCAUAGAGAGCUUCGGAAUUUGGUAUCAGGCUUAUCCAAUUCAAACGAAGAACUUUUUUAACCAACGCAAAGUUCUGCUGUCAGGCAAGUUUCCACAUUUCUUUCCCAUCUUUAUGUUGUGCUUCACUUCUACUCUCGCUAAAAAAGUAGCUCUUUGUGAAACUGAAAACCAGUGACUCUAGCAGUCAGCCUGAACUGAUUCGCAUUUAUUUUUUGCACUCCGUCCAUGGAGUUUGACAGUUGGCUUAAUGCUAAGCAGACUGCAGAGGUCAUCUUUGUCAACCCUUCUCCUCUUCAUAACCCGUUCAUUAGUCAUGUUGGCUGAUGUAACUCCACAUGGAGACUCGGAAAGCGAGAAAGAGAGGGCGAACAAGCGAGAGAGGUGUGGUAAUUAUCUUGGGAGAAUAACGAUUUGUCCUGACAUUUUCUUACUUGGCGCGAAUUUCAUCUGCUCAAAGAUCCCUAAAGUCAGCAUAUCAUAUAGGCACAGAUGGCAAGACUAGAGCAUGCCAUUUUAACCUUUGCAAGUAAUCUCCACUAAUGGGGAACAUGGGCUGCCUCUUCCCCCUGAAAUAUCUCCAAACCACCGUGGCAAUUAAAACUAGUUUCUCGUCUCCCUUCUCAACCGCAGUCAAGAAUAUUACACUCAUAUAUGAGAUAAGCAAUAUCACGCGAACAAGAGCUCUGUUUGUCAGAAGGUCGACACUGAUCUGCUGUGCUGGUAUCCAGUACUGUAGCUUAACUGUGAUAUUGCAUACAGAAUAUUUAAGAAUAUUUUUGGCUGUGCGAGUAAAAACUCAUUCCCCAGGCCUCAAAGGCACAUUAGCAAAUGAUGGUUGUGCUAUUUAGCAUCAUUGUUAGUGUGCACACCACCUAUUUCAGAAACAAAGUGUGGUUUAUUUAUUAACUAAUUUCGAGAGGAUCAUGUGCUUAUGAUUGAUCACAGCUGGUACAGCAUCAGCUCCAUAUAUUGCACCAAUCAGAAAAAUACUGACACAUUAUAAAUUACCAGAGCUUUCUACUCCAGUCAUCUUCGUCUUGAAGAAUCUCCCCUUCUACCCCUACUCCUCCCCUUCCCUGAUAGGGUGGCACGGCGGCCCAGUGGUUAGCAUAGUUGUCUCACAGCAAGAACACUGCUGGUUCGGCCCCUCUCCGUGCCGGUCGGCGUUUCUGUGCAGUUUCCACCUGACCUGGAUGGUUGUGUGAUUUUAGGGGUUGAGUGGAAUCCUGGUCUCAAGUGGCACACUAGUAACUGUUAGAGGCUACAGUCUUUACUGUUGUUGUUAAAUUGCUUGCCACCUAUGCCAGUCUGAUUCCUGCUCAGAGCAGGGUGAGUACUGGAGGGGUAAAAUUGGUGCCGUGACCCGGAGGUGAGUGAGAUUUCAGAGAUUGAGUGGAAAAGAAGUGAAAAACCUCUCUCUUCUGACUUCAAGUGGCACACUAGUGUUGACAUUAGAGGCUCUGGUCUUUAGGGUCCAUGUUAGUGAUUUUAUCCCCUAUUGGUGCCAUGACCCGGAUAGGAGUGAGCUUUAGUGGUGAAGAUAACAGAGGCCAGAUAGUAAGAAGUGUGUGAUUAAACCUCAGUCUCCUGGUCUAAAAGCAUGUUAGAGUGUGUGGUAUUUAGUGUGCCCACCUACCAUGCAUGAAACGCCAGUUUAAAUCCUACUCUGAGAGGGUCAGGGGUGCCCCGACUUGGAUGAGACUGACGUUUAGGGGUGUGAGUGUAAUGGAAGCCAAACUCUGGUACCUAAGUAAGUAAAAUCAUCACUCUGUUCACCUCAAAACACAAUAGUAGUUGACACUAAAGGCUUCUAGGUGGGGUAAGAUUAACUAAGAUUAAAGUAAAACUAACUUCCCUGAUUUCAAUGCUAGAGCAUCCUUGCUGGUGUGCCUGCCUCCAAUGCUAAAAACACAAACACAAAUCCCACUUGAAACAAGACAAAUACAACCAGAGAGGUUAAUAUUAGAUUAAGUUUGAAAGGAAGUGAGGUCAUCUAUCUUUCUGUUCUGAGAAAAGCAAUCGUAGCCUUGUUUUGAAAAAUCAAUAUGACAAACCAAACAGGUGAGCUGGAUAUUUAAGUUCUACAAGACACCGUCUUAACAACCACACAUCUGUAUGCAAACUCUGCUUUUUUUACAGUGCCUGUUUUGUUUUUUGUUUUGCUAUUUUAUCUGAUGCAGUCAUCAGUUGUUUCAAUGUUUUGUCAUCCCAUUCGAUUUCCGUCUAUGUAUAUGAGUGUUGGGUUUUUCAUAGAUGUUUACAGAGUCCUACUUAUUGAAACUGGAGCAUUACACCCCAAAACCCCACUAAACUAACUAUGUUUUGAACAGAUUUAUGUAUUGCUCUUUAAAAAGAAAAAGAAAAAAAACAACAACUUGAGAAUGGCCUUACAGUCACAUCAAAUUUAUGAGAUAUGUAUUUUGAAUAUGUGCAUUGUGAGGAGGAUGAUCAUUGAAAAAGGAAUGGUGAACAACAGCUGGGUGUGAACGAAUUGAAGACUGAAUAUGUUUCCCUGGACAGCAGGAUGUUUUCUUCAUGAGUUGACGUGUUUGAAACUUUCAGAUCCCUCCCCUUGCCAGCACACACGAUCCCAUUGGCUAAAGAAGAUGGCUACCACAGAGAAUCCUCCUUGCACCAUUUAAGUUUUUUUAUACAUAAGAUUGUACAAAGUAGUCCUCUACUGUUUUCAUAGAGUGUCUUUUUAUAUGAAAAUAAAUUUUCAAACUGAUGAA